AGUCGAGGGCGUUGCGAGGUAACUUGUGGUAGUGUCAUUUAUUUGUUUUCCUGAGUUUUUGUUACGUUGCAGUGUUUUCAUAACUUAAAUACCGAUAUUUUUUUCAAUAAAUAAACAUGUGGCCAGGAUCUGAAAGACAUUCCCGUCCACCUUCAGCUUUGGAAACAACCGAGACUGCAACUGCAAGUGCUGGCACCUGGUUGAGUCGAGUCGAACCAAUCUCUGGAACCUCACGAUUAGAAAUAUUGCCCUAUCAUCGGGAGGCGACCUCGGUCGUUUCAAGCAGCCUCGAUAGUCCUGUUCGUGAGAUCUUGCCAUACCGUAAUCCAGAAGAAGCCAUUGAUCCGUAUUUCUUUAGAACUGCUUUUAUUCCUCCUACGGUUUAUAUUAUUAAACAGUAUCGCCCCACUUCUUAUUGGAAUCGACAAACAAACAGCUGGAGGCCUCAAAAUCAUCGCCGGCAACGUAGAUAUCAGCAGUAUAAUCCUUAUUUCAAUGGUUGCAUUAACCCUAGAAAUUUGGUGAAUGCUGAGCUAGAGUCCACGGAUAAUUCAUACACAAAAGCAUCAUCGUCUUAUGCGCCAACUGCUCACGACGAGAUCAGCUCCGUCGUUUCAUUACAAACCUCUGCUAGUUUUAAUUGUAACGGUGGUGGUUCUAUCAACAAGAUAUUGCAAUAUUUUCCCAACUGUCAAAAUCUAUAUAAAAAUAGAACACUACAUUCAAACAUGAGAACUUAUCCAUUAUUUGAAACAGAGGUGAACGACCCGCUCUCUUUACAAAUAUGGCAGACCUUGGAGACUAAACCACAUUUGUUAUCUCUAGAGAGGACACCUUUGAGAAAGAUGUGUGUGUUGAAUGGUUCAUCGCCCUCGGCGUAUGCUCAAAUGGCGGCUAAUAGAGUAAUCAAACACGCACGUGACCACAAAGUGCUUGCCGCGAAGAAACUCUGGUGUCUCAACUGUGACCGAAUCCCGAUACAACCCGUGACCAGUCAGUGCGGGCACACCAGAUGCACAAAAUGCACUAUGUACAACGGCGACUGUCCUUGCGGGGGAAUCGCGCCCGAUAAGUUGAGUGUCAACGUUGUUACCCAGCAGUUGAUUGAAAAAAUAUUCAACGAUUGCAACGCGAGCGCAAGGGAUAUGAGAUCAGCGCUUGGCAGAGGAUCCCUGGACUGCGGAGUAUUCCCGGCAGUGCGAUCAAGUAAAGUAGCAGCUACAAAAACACGAAACAAUUUGGUGGCGUAUUCACGGAUGCAACGCCGGCCGCAAUCAGCCACCUUCCCAAUGUCGGCCAAGAAGGCGCGAUUCGCUGUGUCUGCUCGCACGCCUAUGACGCCACAGGUUCGAUUUAAAUAUGCACGUUCCUUAAUCGAGAAUGGGCAAUUAAAAGAAGCGGCGACACAUCUUGCAAGAGUUGCAGCUUCACCAGAUCAUUUGAGUAAAAUAGCGCGGGUGUUACUUGCUCAGACUAUAGACGCAUUGUCAGAGGCCAGGGACCCACGUCGUCUCAUACGCGAACUCAAUCGCCUGAUUCGUGCACAGAGUGCCUCAUCGUGGCUUCGACCAUCAGACCUCGAAUGUCCGCUGUGCUACAACGUGUACACGAAACCUGUGACCACACCAUGCGGCCAUACAUACUGUCGCACUUGCCUAGAACGGCUGCUUGAUUAUGGAAAAUGUUGCGCUCUUUGUAUAAGCAAAUUGGACGAGUUUGAUUUAUUAUCGACGGCAGACACAAUAUUUAUUUCGGCCGCACUCGAAGCCAUCGAUGCCAGAUGCCCGCCUCCACCGCUGGAACCCGACGUUAUUCCAAUACUUGUGUGCACAGUCGCUUUCCCAUCAAUCCCUUGCCCGUUGUUCAUGUUCGACCCCAGAUACUGGAUAAUGGUUCGUCGGAUAUUGGAUUCGGGGUCGCGAAAAUUUGGCAUGCUGGCCCACGAGAAAUAUCGCAACGACGCCGAUUAUUAUGGCACCGUGUUAGAAGUAUGCGAUUGCGUCCUACUGGAGGACGGAAGCUUUAUACUGUCGACAGUAGGCGUGUCACGAUUCAAAGUUAUAGAGAAAGACGUUUGGGAUGGUUGUGACGUCGCGCGAAUUGAACCGUUGGUCGACAAAGUUCCGUCAGAAGAAUUGGCCAUUUGGAAGAUUCGCAAUAUGGCGUGGAUAACUUCUUACAAAGCUCAAGUAUGGUUGAACACUGUGAAUGAAGCCGUUCGUGAGUCAAUAGAGGCCGCCUUCGGAGAGCUACCAAACCACUUCAACACCGACGAAAGUUGGUUACAGUCACCCGACGGGCCGGCCUGGCUUUGGUGGUUUAUCGCGAUUCUGCCUCUCAAACCGGAAAUAAAGGUAUUGAUUUUAUCAACUAAAUGCUUACUGAAGCGUCUAAUGGCUGUUUCACGUACACUUGAAGUCAUGGAACAUAUGACUAAGAACAACACAACUAGAUGGAGCUGUGAGUGAAAGAAGGGCUACAUGUAGGUGAAAACAUUUUAUUAUCUUGUUAUAUGUAGUUUCAACUAUUUUAAAACUAUCAGAAAGAAAGAAUAGAAUUAUGUGUAUACCAAUAAUUUGCAAAUAUUUGCUCAUGCCAUAUUUUAAUGUUAUCAAGCAAGGGUGACGAAGUAAACUGUUUCACUACGAGGGCGGCACGGAAAAUUUCGGGAAUCAAGGAAGUGACACAACAUUACUAUUUAAAAAUGUAUUUAUUGCUUUUCGAAGUAUUCUCCGCGAAAUUUGACACAUUUUUCCAUACGAUGGUACCAAUCAUUGAAGCAACCAUUCCAUUCGGAAGUUGGGGUCUCCAAAUUGGCUGUUUUGUAGGCGUUUUUGUUGGCAUUAACUCAUUUUCGAACACCCAAACUCGUGACUGGUUCUUUGUUUCGCGUUCGUACGCGUAUAUCCAGGAUCCACCUGAUACGAUGUUGUAUACAGCAUUUGAGGAUCCUGCGUGGAAUCUUUCGAGAGUUCUGACGCACCAAGUAACGCGAGCCGCUUUUUGCUCUUCACAGAGCGAAUGCAGUAUCCAUCGGGAAAACAACUUUUUUACACCUAAUUGUUCAUGCAAGAUUAUUUGUAUUUGACUCAUGCCAAUGUCUAAAGUUGCCUGAAUUUCGCGGUAUGUCACAUGUCGAUCUUCCUCAAUCAGCUUACGCACAGCAUCAACGUUUUCUUGGGUGACUGCAGUUUUUGGACGACCUUGACGGGGAUCAUCACUGAGCUUGACACGUCCACGUUGAAAUUCAGCAAACCAGCGAUAAAUUGUGGUUUUGAAUGGGGCUUCAUCACCAAAUGCAGAAAUCAUCCGGUCAACACACUGUUUUUGUGUUAAACCACUCCGAAAGUCAUAAUAAAUCAUCGCUCUUGAAUUUUCUCGAGUCAAUUCCAUUUUCUCAACGACUAAACAAGUUUGACAAAACCUUGUGACAAGACCGAGAAUCUUUUUUUAAAUAAAUAAAUGGUAUUCGACUUUAAAAAACCAAGGACUUUUCAAUUAAAAAGAUUUUAAUAUGACAGGAACAGUGGAAAUAUUCCAUUCCCGAUACUUUUAGUGCAGCCUAUGUACCCCUUUUGACAAUAAAGAAGGCUAGUGUAUACAGAAAAAUUACGCAAAAUCAAGUAUAAAAUUUGUUUAAUCCGUUUUAAUCCGUUCUUUUGAAUACGAAUUUAUUUCCAUAUGGUACUUUUAAUGCCCGUUUAUCACUUUAAUGUUGAAUCUUUAGUAUUUAAUGUUGAAAGUCUAGUUUUUACAAGUACGUAUGUUACGACGAAAUAUUUACGCUUUCUUGUUGCUUCUCCUCCUCUGUAAGUCAAACGUCGACAGAGAGAUCAAAUAACGCAUUCAACUCUGCUGGACAACGUCCGUAAAAUUAGCGACGUAUUUUCUUCACACCAAUGCGCGUCCAGGAGAUAACAUGGAUCAGAGACAUGGUCCUCCGCAGCUGACUCUGUGGGUUAUGUUCGGAGUAUCUCUGCGUGAUAGAAUUCGAAAUGAGGAUAUCCGCAGUAGAACUAGAUUUAUUUUUAUAUAAAAUAGGAAUAUCACAUUAGAAUUUUUAACAAAAUAACGUAAUUCUAUAAACUAUUACAUAGAAUGCACUAGUUAGUCUAUGAUACCUCCAACAAAAUGGGAGAACAGAUUAGAUCUUUGAUGUUCUCAAACAGAUUAAAAGAUGCUACAUAAUAAUAUAUUAUAAUAUAUUAAGAUGUUAUGUAAUAUAUUAUUAAGAGUGUCAUGCUGGAGGUUUAUGAAUGCAUGUGGCUCAGGACCGUGUUAUGAGGCAUUCCUUGGAGAAGGUCUAUGUUUAGCAGUGGACUAGUGAAGGGAUGUAAUAAUGAUGAUGAAAUGUAAUAUUAAAAAGAAAACAAAUGUUUAAUAUAUUAUUAUGGCGACAACAUAAUAUAUAACAGUUAAGUCUUAGUUUAUUUGACGCACACACAGGGUAUUAUAAUAGAACAUUACAACAAGUUAAAUAAUAGAUAGUAGAAAAUAAGAAAUAAGACUAUUGUGAAUUAAGAAUAUAUAUAUUUAGUAAUAAGUGACACUAAUAGUACAAAAAGUAAAAUAACAAGUCAAUUACCAUUAGGGCUUUUGUAAGGGUUACCACAAGUAUUUAAAGAAUGUUUAUUUUUAAAUGCAAUUUGACUAUUAUUCUCCAAAUUAUUAUUAUAAGGUACAAUAUGUUGCAUUAGUUUGCUGUACAAUUUUUCUGCAAAAUUAAUUGAAACAAUAUAAUAUUGUAAAGACUAUUCUCCCUUAUAUACGAAAUUACUUGCAGGCAUUUGCACUGAAGUUAUUGUGAACUUUUGUAUGACUGUAUAUAUUAGGCUUUAAGCAAUUAUUUUAUUUUUUAAAUAAUUCAUUCAAUCAAUUAAUUUAAAUUAUCAUUCAAUUAACUUCAAUUAUCAUUCAAUUAAUUUCAUUAUUGAUUACUAACAUAGAUUUAAUAAAUUUAUUUCUUUGAAAACAUUCCAAUGUAAUCUAUUGUUAUAUUUCUUGAUAUUUUGUUGAUAUUUCCUAUGAUUACAAAUGCUGCUGUUUAUGUAUAACUCGUAACUUGCAUUUAAAUACAUUGUUUUGCAAUACUAAAACGGUCCUUACAUCUUUAAUGACAAAUUGUAAUUUAAUUAUUUUAUUUUGAUUAUACUAUUUGAUAAUCAUUUUAAAAACAAGAUCUCAUAUAUGUUAAUCAAAGUUACACCCUUUUUAUAUUGAAAUUUUGUUAUGUUUUGGUAACAGUAAUCUAACUAUAUCUAAAAUGUAAAUACAUUAUUAUUGUUUUCAAUAUUUUUUUUCUUUUUAAUACAACUUAUGUUGCCGAAAAUAAAUGAAGUAAUAGGCAAAUAAUUUAUAAUGCACAUAUUUUGUGUUAUAUGGAUUGUUGCACUCUAUUUGCUGUUGAUUUUGUUUUUUUUAUUUGUUAUUGUAAGUUAGAUAUAAAAUAGUAACAGUGUAGAACUAAAAUGUGUUAUUAGAACAUUAUCUGAUAGUUGAUAUUUUAAACAAUAAAACAGUGUCUAUUACUACAAUAAGAUCUCAAGUAAAAUAAGUUGUUAUAUAGGAACACUUAAAUAAUACUUGUUUUUCUUAUUAUCACAUAGUAAAUUGAUGGUGUGAAUAAUACUGCGUUUUUCUGUGGGCCUAUAUACAUUUUCUAUGUGAGCAAAUGGCAUAAGCAACAGACAAGAUGAAAUUUCAAAACAAAAAAAAUGUAAUACAAAAUGUAAGAAUGUAUUUGUACCAAAAGAAUAAAUUUUCGACCAUUAUUAAGCGUAAGCUAUAUAAAACUUGUUGUGAUUUAUUUUCCUUUGAUGGUACUUAAAUGUUUUUGCUUUGGUUUUUCAACUUACAAAAACACAGAAGUCUAUGUUUUUUAAAAGGAAGAAAAUUAAGUAAGUUUUAUGUUAAAGUUAAAAAAAGGAUAGGUCCAAGCUUUACUUAAAAAUACUGUAACUUACAAACUUGACUUGCAAAUUUUUGCCAAAAUUUUGCCCUCACUUUUAAUGAUAAAAUUAGAAUAAUUUAUUGCAAUAGUUAAUAAAAAGGUAUUUCAUAUACUGGCUAUACUUGUACAAUUUAGAGAAUCGAGGUAACAUUUUAGAAAAUAGCAUCUUUUUGUGUAUAAUAUAUAAAAUAUUAUUCGAAAGUUGCUCAGUUAUAAUAACAUGUCAGCCGAAGGGCUUUCUGUGAUCAAAUGUACUAUUAUAAUAUAGUCAAUAAAGCUUGGGCACAAUUUUUGUACUUUUCAUCAAGUAAAAGAUACUCAUUUCAUAGGUUUUAUAUAUGUAAGUUAUUUUAGUUUUCAUGUAUAAAUUAUGUUAGAAGUUAACUAUCUUUUUAAAUAAAUAAGUUUUGUUCUUU